CGGCUUUCAUCCCAGAGCAUUCAUUGAAAACGUUCACUCAGCGGCUAGGUGAUAUUUAGUGUGCAUUUAAACAGGUCACGUCGAGUCAACAAAACAGCAAUUAUUUUAUUUUGGAGCGGCCCACGAGCAGAGUCUGUAUGUACAACACGGCGAUGUCUGGCACAAAUGUUGAUUAAAAAAGAGCUGAAGUCCCAGCCUCAGUAUGAAAACUGCUCUGUAAUCAUUGAAAUACCUCUUCUGGAAUAUCAAACUCUGGCAGUAGAUACAAAGAAUCUUCGCCUGGUUAGCCGUCUGCAAGCAAUCUUACAAUGGAGAGAUCCUGAGAUGUCCUGGAACACUUCCUUAUACCAGUAUGAGGAGGUGUCUGUGCCAGUAGAUAGUGUGUGGACACCUGAGCUUCAUGUCACCAAUGCAAUAACAAUUACAACACAGCCCAGCUCUAAAGACCUUGAGGUGUUAAGUGAUGGCAGAAUGAGACAUGAAAUUAUCCUGAACACCGAAGUCAACUGUGAAGUAAACCUCUUUAACUAUCCUUUUGCUGCUGAUGCUUGUCCAGUGGCCAUCCAUAUCUGGAACAGUAAAAAAUGUGGUGGAGAAAUGAGACUUGAUGAAGUCAAGAUGAAAGAUGGGGCACAUGGAGACUGGCAAACAGAAGAUGUUCACCUUGAUCAGAAAGGAGGAAACAAAAAGUUUAUCUUAGUGGAGCUGAGAAUUCGUCAGAAUAACCCCUUCAUCACUCUGAUGUUGCCCAGUAUUCUGAUUAUAAUGGCUGAUGUAGUAAGCGUUGCAUUGCCACUAGAGGGCGGUGAACGCAACUCUUUCAAAGUCACCUUGGUGCUCAGCUUCACCAUGUUCCUGAUCAUCCUGAAUGGAGAGCUUCCCGGAGACAGCCAAUGCAGUCCAGUUAUCAGGAUCCACUUCUGUGUUUGUCUCAUCACCUUGGUGUUCAGUAUGCUCGUGUCUAUGGUUCUCACACGUGUGGCCAAAGAAGGUGGAAUUAUCUUCUGCUGCUUUUCAAAAAGGUUCCAGAAAGAAAAUGCAGGGAUGAAGGAUGAAGGUAAAAAUAAUACACUUUAUUUAUAUAGCACACUUCCUAAACAAAAAAACUGUUGCACAUACAAUAUAAAGUUGGAAAUAUAAAAUUAAGUUCUAUUUAACUGCACUAGUCCAUAAAUAAACUUUAUAUUACGUCAACAGA